UCGGGGAGAUGUAUAUUAAACCAGCUACGAUGCGAUGGUGUCUGGAACUGUCUGGAUGGCUCGGAUGAAGCUCGAUGCUUCAACCUAUGUUCCAGUGGUCAAUUUCAAUGUGGUAGUGGCAAGUGCAUAACUAAUAAGUGGCUAUGUGAUGGUCUGUUGGAUUGUGCCGAUGGAACCGAUGAAAAACAAUGCGGUUUAAUUAAAUGCCUCUCAACUGGCAACUUUUGGUGUCAGAAUACUACAAGGUGUUUAAUGAAGAAGGAGAUAUGCGAUGGAGUCAAGCACUGUCCUGAUAAUAGCGACGAAGUGAAUUGUGGUAAGGGGUCAAAAUGA